AUGAUCAGGUUUGCUGGACGAGUUAUGACGGGCAAACGCAAAUUCGAAUCGGGAAGUUCGAAAAGGAAAAAGAAAGAAAGACAAGAGAUAUUAACAAAAUCUCUCGCCGGUUCUAUGGAUAGGUACGUAAAACCUACAACUCCAGUAGUAGAAGUUGAAGUGUCUGAUCCUACUGAGAUUGUGUCGGAAUUGCCUGAUACACCCGUAGUUGAAAUUGGUCAAGAUUUAACAGAUCGUAAUCGAAUUAAUUCAGAUGAUAAUCAUAAGGAGGAUGGAGGGAAUGUGAAUGAUAAUGAUGAUAUGAAUGAUAACAAUGAUAUGAAUUGUGAAAAUUUGGACGAUUUGUUCGAUCCAGGAAAUUGGGAGGAUAAUUUGCCUCAAAGAAAGAAUGAUUUUUUAGUCGAGAAAGGGCCAGUUAGAGUUACUAAUGUCGUGUAUCCAAUUAAUGACAAAGGUAGAAGUUUCAAUGAUAAACUCUACACUCGAUCUUUAUCGAAUGGAGAAAAACUUGAUAGAUCAUGGUUAGUAUACUCCGAGAAGAAGGAUAAAGGUCGUAAAGGAAGAGGGCUUACUUUGAAGUCAUGGUCGGAUACACGCCGGGAGAGUCGUGUUGAUAGCGUCAAGGCUAUAAGAUUCCAAGCACCUCAAAUUAGAGACGCAUUAUUGCAUCUAGUGGAACAUAGUGGUGAUGCAACAACUGCUAGUGAUGCUAGAUCUUUGGCGGAGUAUGAACUUCAAAGUUUUGAUUUUCUUGUGGGAGUAGUAAUCUGGUUUGAAAUCUUGCAAAAAGUGAAUUCGGUUAGCAAAGCUUUUCAAAAAAAUGAUAUGGUCAUCAGUGAGAGUAUAAGUCUUUUACAAGGCUUGAUUGUUUUUUUGGAGGAAUACAGAAAUUGCGGUUUUGAAAGUGCAAAAGUUGAAGCUCAAAAGAUUGCAUUGGAGAUGGAUAUAGAACCCGCCUUUCGUGAAAUUCGAAUUCGCCGCAAAAGUAAAUUUUUUGAUGAAAAUGCUCGCGAUGAACCAAUUCAAGGGGCUGAAGAAUAUUUUCGAGUAAAUUAUUUUCUUCAAAUUGUCGAUAAUGCUCUUUCUUCUCUCCAACUAAGGUUUGUGCAGUUUCAAAAGUACGAAGAGAUUUUUGGAUUUCUGUUCAACUUGACAAAGUUGAAAAUCAUGGAUGAUGAAAGUUUGAAGCAUUCAUGUGUUGAACUUGAGAACUUUUUGAAACAUGAAGAUAACUCUGAUAUUGAUGCACUCGAACUAUUCUCGGAGUUGCAAUUACUGAGGAAAGCAUUACCGGAAGGAUUAACUAAACCAGUUGAAGUCUUGGAGUAUAUCAAAAAUUUGUAUUAUGGUUUUCCUAAUGCCUGGGUAGCUUACAGAAUAUUGUUGACCAUCCCGGUUACUGUUGCAUCUGCUAAAAGAAGUUUUUCCAAGCUGAAGUUGAUCAAAAAUUAUCUUCGAUCAACUAUGUCUCAGGAUAAGAUUGAAUGGUUUGGCGAUGUUAUCCAUUGA